AUGGAAGUGCGUGACACCAGGAGUUCAUCUAACGACUUAUCCAGCGCACCCCCGAGCGAUGCUGAGAGCACUCCCGGACCUCCGAAAUAUCACCCUGUGCAUCGCGACUUAGGCCUAGCAGGCAAUCUUGGUGUUGCAAACAGCUACAGCGCGCGACAGACCCAACCGAAGCCCGGUGCAGGUGUCAGUACCUCACCAGCCACAGCUGCAGGUGCACGCCAAGACAACGGCGCAGCACCACCACCAGCGCAGCCUGUCAAAAGACCACGAAAGAAGCGCGAUCCCAACACGCCUGAAGAGAAGAAACCGCGAGUUCCUCGUAAGCCCCGAGGAACAGCCCCCACCGCCACAGGUGUACGCAAGAAAACCAAAAUAGAGCCGCCAGAUCAAGGCAGCAUCGUCAUCAUGCCUCGGUCCCAGAGUGCAGGUCUGCAGGCCUCUACUCUGGUCCAACCAGUUCAGUUCUCCCCUCCAGAUGCGACCGAGAGCCGCCGAGAUGAAGCCGCCAAGUUUACCGAAUCUGGCCUCACGAUGCACAACCAACCGUUGCGUGCCCGCACAUCCCCUCAGGGGAUCUAUGAAUAUAAACCACGUGAAUAUGGGAGCAAACAACACGCCCCACCGCCGCCGACUCCUCCUCUUCCUUCUCACUCCUCCCCUCCUCGCGCAACUAGCAUGUACGAUCCCAUCAGAUCCGUGCAGCGACCUGUCGACACUAAUCCUCCCGCUCCACCUCUUGCACGGCCCACUGCUACUCCUCCAAGAAGAUCCGAUAACCCCAGUACCUCUCCAACCAUCUCCAGCAUCAUUGAUCACCAUCCGCAUCCACAUUCCGACACCUCGACUGCUACGACCGUGGCUACGCAUCAGGUGAAGACGGAGCCUACCCACAGUCAGACCAAUGGCAGGGUGGCCGACUCGCCAAGAGUCAACGGCUCAUCAGCAAUGGAGGUAGACCACAUCAUGUCAGACCAAGGGCAACCCAAAAAACUCGCCUCUUCACGAAAAGUGCCAUCGGAAGCGUCCACUCGCCCUACGUCCCCGAAGCCGGCUCGGGCUAAAGAGCAGCCGCCUCCACCACCAAUUGGGUCUGGACUUCUGUCGGCCAGUCUCUUUGGUGGGGAUUCGAGCAGCGAUAUGCCAAAAGACUCAGAAAAAGGACCCAACAUCGUCCUGCAUAUUGACUUGAAGGAUCCUGGUAAUCGAGUCAUCAACUUUGCCCGUAUGGCCGAAGAGAAAUAUGGGUUCGCAGCCCUAUACCCUCGUCAAGCUGCCCAAAAGGAACGAUUGGCCAAGAUUGCUGCUGCCGGUGCAGCGCUGGAACGGUCAGCAUCUGGCAGCAAGUUUGGAGGCACGUCAGCUGGAGACAGUGGCGAUGAAGACCUCAGCGUGGACAUUGAGCGUGACUCGGACAAUGACGGAGACGUCGCGAUGUCUGGAGUCAAUGGCGGACAAGAACAACCUAACAGCGGCACCGAUGGUCCAGGCCCCAAGCGUCGACGGCGAAGAAAGGUAGAGGAAUACGACCAGGACGAUCCUUUCGUGGAUGACAGCGAGCUACUCUGGGAAGCACAAGCAGCGGCCAGUAAGGAUGGAUUCUUUGUCUAUUGUGGACCGCUUGUACCAGAGGGAGAAAAGCCGGCUGUUGAGAGGGCGGAUGGCACGAUCAAGCGGGGUCGCGGGCGAGGCCGGGGUGGUGGUCCUGGUUCUCGUGGCGGCAGAGUAGCCGCUGCGGCUUCCGAAAGAGCCUCUGGCAGAGGUGGAGGGCCUGGGUCCCGGGGAGGAGGUGUUACUCGAAAGCCUCGAAUCACAAAGGACGACCGAGCACAAAUGGAGAGAGAGAAGUUGCAGCGAGAGAAGAUGGCGCCACUGGUAGCCAAGCCAACUGCAUAUCCUGGUUGA